AUGGACAAUGAGAGCCUUAUUAGGAUUUGUGACACCGCCUUCACGGUGGAAGAAGUGGACAGUGCUAAGGAGUUACUGUUUAGUUCAAUUAAAACGGAUAAGAAGAAAGUGACUAGAAGAAAAGAAGGGAAAAAAGUGAGAGACCUGGAGGAUAUUAUAUCUGUCUUCAAAGUGACGGAGCCAGAUCUUAUACCAAUCUUUGUUGCGCGUGACUUGCAAAAACUACCGCCAGUUACAUUUGAUCAUGUGGAUGUGACCAAAUUAUUAAAAGAUCUGUUGAUGAUACGUGGAGAAAUCCAUGAAAUAAAAAGUAAAUAUGCAACAGUCACUCAACUGGACGAAUUGAAACUGGAAUUGGAAUCAAACAUGCCCAGAUUAUCAUUGCUGUCGCGCAAUAUUAAUGCGAAGAAAAGUGGAGGGUAUUUGCUUGACAGUGGGCCGGUAGGAUUAUCACCAGCGGCGCCUGUGUACGGCGACGAUAACUCGGUCAUGAGUUGUGCGAGUUCGGAGUGCAGGCGCACUGAGUCACCAAAGUAUCGGUCUCUCACUUGCGCUCACAUUGAGGCGAUAAAAACGGGUGCACCUGCACCGAUUAACUAUACACAAGUGGAAAACGAAAUGUUGCCUGAGUCAGAUGUUCGUCGUGCAGAAAACUGUCAAUUAAAAAUGUCUACUAUAGCGGAGGUCGCAAGGAAUGGUCAAUGGAAAACGCCUAAAAAACCAACAAAUGAGUGGACUUUAGUGCAAAAGCGGCGGUCAAAAAAUCGUUUUACCAGUAAAAUGGGCAAAGCGACCACAGAAGUGACGGAGAAAUUUAAAGCAGCAGAUGUUAAAAUUCCUUUGUUUAUAUCGAACGUAAACAAAGACGUUGCGAUAGACGACAUAUGCAAAUAUAUUAAAAAUAAAACUACGGAGACCGUCUCGCUUGAGAAAAUAACAAUGAAGAGGGUAAAACCAUACAAUGCCUUUAAACUGCUUGUUAACAGAAACAAACUGGAUGUGUUCCUAGAUGACCAGAUAUGGCCCGACGGCGUGACUUUUAGGCGUUUUAUUCACUUCAAGAAUAGAAGGGAAGUCAAAAAUGACUCAAUUUUUGGAAGUGAGGCAAUUACAAAAUCAAAUAAUGGAUAG